AUGCAGAACCGAGUCUACUACAUCAGGUUUCGCACCACUGCUCACAGCUGGAGAGUUUCCAGGGUGGAGAAUCUCACAGGUCCCAAUAACACCGAGGAUCUGCAGAGGCACUACCAAUACCUGGUGCUUGCCCUGCACUCCAGCAAGUUAAGAAACCAACAGCUCUCCAGUGAGAUCCACCAACUGAAGAAGGAAAAGAGACACCUACAGCAUGAACAACGAAAAGAGAAUUGGAGGAGAGCCCGUGAGCAAGAAGCACUGCAAGGAGACUUGGAAGCCCACAAGGUAGCCGUACAGAUGUUGGUUUCAGAAGAACGCAAUUUACACUCUGCCCUGGCUCGCAUCCAGCAGGUGGUUAAUAAGAGGAUAAAGGAGCAGGAAGGUCCCACCAGCCACCGGCAGGCUGCGCAGCAGCACAUUGGAGAGCAAGAGAUAGCCUUGUUCCCAGUCACCACCCAACAGCAUGCCACUCAAAAGAAGAAUCUACAGCUCAUCCAAGACCAGGAAAAGAGCAGGAGUUAUGAUUUGGAGGCAAUCAACAGCGAUUUGCAAGGGAAGCUGGAAGUCCUCUGGAGCCAAAAGCUCAACAUGAAGAGCAGAAUUCAGAAGCUUCAACAAGCAGCAGAGGAGCGGGCAGUGCUCAAAAGGCAAGUGGACAACCUGAGAAGGCUGGUGAAGACCAUGAGGUCAGAAAGGGACAGCUUUGCCAUGUCCCUGAGAAGGGAGAGCACCAUGUGGGAGGACAUGGUCCAGCAGCAAUCCGAGGAGAUUAAACAACUAGGAGAGAGAGCAAGGGUAGAGGCAGGACCAGCUCAGGCUGAGCAGCAGCUGCAGGCCCAAGCCUUCCAGAUGCAGGAGGAAUUAAAGGACCUGAAGCAACAGCUUCAAUUUCAGGUACAGGAAAACCACAGCUUCCGACUCCAGAACCUGGAGCAACAGGAGCGGCUGUGUAGACUGGAACAGGCAGCCGAGGAACCCAUUCCUAGGCCUGCCGAGGAUCAGCACAAGAUAACGGAGACAGCGAGAUGCACACAUGGGCAAGAUAGAGAGAUCAAAGAUCCGCUGGCCCAGCUGCAGGACGCCUUCCACAGGCUGAUCGCUGAGGAGGAGCUCGCCAGCGACCUGAGCUCAGAGCAGCACCUGAAGAAACAUCUGCAGGAGAAGCUGGAGCAGCAAGAGAAGGAUUUGGACAAAUGGAAAGACAUGGCUGAGAGAGCGAGCCAAGAAGCUCAGGAGCUGCAGGAGCUGCAUGACCAGUACCGGACCCAGCUGCAGGAACUCAGAGCCACCUGUGAUCAGUACACAGCCUCCAAUCAGCAGCUGAGCUCAGAGAAGGAGGCCCUGCAGCAGCACCUGCAGAGGCAGAACCAGCUGCUGGAGCAGCUGAAGCAGGAGCAACUAAAGAGCAAGUUGCUGGCCCAGACGUAUAGCGAACAGUUACAGGACACUCUCAAGUGCCUAGAAGCAGCAAGGCAACAGAAGGAGCAACUGCAGGCCCAGCUGAGUAUCCUGGUUUUCCCUCCAGAAGGCCAAGGAGUAAGUAACGGGGAAGAAAGGGGCGAGGAGGCAACCCCACUUGACGUGACUGUCCCUGACGAUGUGGACAGCCCUCAAGUCAUGAGGGAUUUUUACCAGGAUGCACUAUCAGCUGCUGAAGCCAAAAAGUGCCAGACCAAGCUGGAGCAAGAGGGCCUCUUCCCCAGGACGAGGACCCAUGGCCUGUUUGGGAAGAGGAAGCGGGACACACAGGUGCCCAAGAGGGAGCUGCAAAUCUGCUUCAUCCCCAACCUGCCUGACAAGGUGGACUUCCAGAGUGCAGCAGAUGACCUGCAACAGCGAUGCAGCUGGCUGUCAGAGCUCAUUACAGCCAUCGAAAAGUCCAUCGUUGCUUGCAAAGAGCAGAUAGAAACCCUGGAGACCCUGCAUCAGGAGAAAGAUGAGCACGUCGACCUGAUGUCCCAGGAGAAGCAGCAGAAGAAGCAGGAGCUGCAGGAGCUGCUGUUGCGUCUUGCAGGUGAAGGCGUGACGUGCCAGGACAAGAUGCAGGUCGACACCAAGGCCCCUGCUGCUGACACCACUUCAGACAUGGCAGGCCCCAUGAAGAUUGAAUGUAGCCAGGACAAGAUGCAGGCAGACACUGAGCCCCCUGCUGCUGACACCACUUCAGACUUGGCAGGCCCCAUGAAGACUGAAUCCAGCGAGGAGGACGAUAGUAGCGAGGAUGGUGACGUAGAACCUUCCGCAGUAGAGGCUGGGGUGCCAUGCCCCCUAGAGGACUCCACCACACAGCUUGGGGGCAUGGGCAACGAACGCCCCAUCACGUUCUGGUCCAAACUGAGAAAAAUGAUGAAUUUUAAAUAA